CGGUGUGUACAGCUGCUGCAGAUCGGGUGUGAGCAGCAGUCAGACGGAGGCGAACCAAGUCCGGACCCUGCAGCUGUCUAGAACGCUGGAGAGUCGACAUGGAUCAGCCCGAGAACCGGCCGCUGUAGGACGGACCGGUACCGCCGCCGAGCCGGAGGACGGACGGAGGGAGUCUGUGUAGCGCCGCCGCAGAGACCUACACCGCGGAGGGAUCCUGCGGUCCCUCCCUGCUGGAAGAAAUGUGGCUGAACCCGGAGGAAGUUCUGCUGAAAAACGCUCUGAAGCUCUGGGUGACCGAGAGGAGCAAUGACUUCUUCCUGCUGCAGCGGAGGAGAGGCCACGGAGAGCCCACCAGCAGGAUCACAGGGCUCCUGGUGGGGGCUCUGGACACAGUGCUGGACUCCAAUGCCAGGGUCACCCCAUUCCGAAUCCUCCUCCAGGUUCCUGGUUCCCAGAUCAGCUGGGUCAUCGCUAGCGGAGCCGUCAUCGAGGAGGUGAACAAGCACUGGGACUGGCUGGUCCACAACCUGCUUCACUCGCUGUCGGUGUUUGAGAACAAAGAGGAUGUCACCAGCUUUGUCAAAGGAAAAGUCAAGGGCCUCAUCGCAGAGGAGGUUCGGGGUCGCCAGGCCGCCCAGGAGGACGAUCCAGAGAAGUUCAGGGAGGCACUGCUGAAGUUUGAGCUGCACUUCGGCCUCCCGUCAUCGGAGAAGCUGGUGACGUACUUCUCCUGCUGCUGCUGGAAGGGCCGGGUGCCUCGGCAGGGCUUCCUCUACCUCAGCAUCAACCACAUGGCCUUCUACUCCUUCCUGCUGGGGAAGGAAGUUAAGUUUGUGAUUCCCUGGGCAGAGGUGACGCGGUUGGAGCGGGUCUCCACCGGCCUCAUGACGGAGGCGAUCCGGGUGAACACACGGCAGCGACAAAGAGAGUUCUCCAUGUUCCUGAACCUGGACGAGGCGUUCGGGGUCGUCGGUCAGCUGGCUGACAUCGCUCUGAGGCGGCUGCUGGACAGCGAAGGCCUGGAACUGGACCGAGUCCUGCAGCAGCCCACGAGGAUCACCAAGAGGAUCCUGGAGGAGCAGGCCAUAAGGGAGUACGUCCUCGCUCUGUUUCGACUUCCUCGUGGUGAGAAACUCUACGAGGUGGCGUCCUGCUCGGUGUGGACGCCUCAUGCUCGAUGCCAUACGGCCGGAAGUCUGUACACCACCGACAGCUACCUGUGCUUCUCAAGCAGAGAGGAAGGAAACUGUAUCCUACUCAUACCGCUGUCAGAGGUGUUGUCCAUAGAAAAAGCAGAGACCACCAGCCUCCUUCCCAAUCCAGUCAUUGUGAGCAUUCGGACUAAAAAGGCCUUCCAGCUGAUCGAGCUGCAGGACAGAGACGAGCUGGUGGAGAGUCUGAACUCCAGACUUCGAUCUAUGCAGUGGAAACAGUCUAUGUUCCGCAGCAGGAAGGACAGCAAGAGGAGCGUGAGCUCUCCAACACCCUACUACACUUUUUACUAUGACACUGGAUUCUCUGAUGAAGAAGAGAUAGAGGAGCAGGUUCUACGUAACACCAUCAACAGCGAAGCUCUGAUGACGGCUUUCCACCAAAACCAACCAGGAACCAAUGGCAAGAAGAGUGCUGAGAAGGCGAAGGAGCGGUUGUGGGAGGAUCACUUCACUGAGUUUGGUCGUGGCGUCCACAUGUUUCGCACCGAGAAGAUCCAAAGGUUGGUUGCUAUGGGGAUACCAGAGUCGCUGCGAGGGGAGCUGUGGAUGACACUUUCUGAUGCAUCCUCAGAGCUGGAGUCCCAUCAGGGCUACUACACUGGCCUGGUGCAGAAAUCGAUGGGCCACAGCAGUCUGACAACAGAGGAGAUAGAGAGGGACCUUCACCGCUCGCUACCGGACCAUCCGGCCUUCCAGAACCCGACCGGCAUCGCUGCACUCAGACGUGUCCUCACGGCCUACGCUCACCGCAACCCAAAGAUCGGAUACUGUCAGUCUAUGAACAUCCUGGCAUCGGUGCUGCUACUUUACGCCAAAGAAGAAGAAGCGUUCUGGCUGCUGGUGGCUGUCUGUGAGAGGAUGCUGCCCGACUACUUCAACCGCAGGGUCAUAGGAGCUCAGGUGGAUCAGUCGGUGUUUGAGGAGCUGAUCAGGGAACGUUUACCGGAGUUGGCCGAACAGGUUCCAGACCUCUCGGCUCUCUCCUCCGUCUCCCUCUCGUGGUUCCUCACCCUCUUCCUCAGCGUCCUGCCCUUCCAGAGCGCUGUCUGCGUGGUUGACUGCUUCUUCUUUCACGGAAUCAAAGCCAUCUUCCAGCUGGGUUUGGCCGUUCUGGACGCCAACGCUGCUCAGCUCUCAGCCAGCACAGACGAUGGACAGGCACUGAUGAUUCUCACAAGUUUCCUGGAUCAGGUUGGAGGUGAGGAUUCGUCUUCUGUCCCGUCCUGUCCGCCUACUGCAGAUGAAAGCAGCUGCAGUGAUGCCGAUGUUCCAGCUGUGAGACACGCAAACAUCACCGACCUCAUCAAUGAGUCCUAUGAGAAAUUCGGAGAUCUGACAGUGCGGCAGAUCGAGAGGCUUCGCUGUCGACACAGAAUCCGAGUACUGCAGGCCCAUGAAGACACCACUAAAGAAAAUGCUUUAAGGCUGGUGACUCCAGAUGUUUCCAUCUCUCCAGAGAAUCUAGCUCAUGUCUAUGAUCUCUUCAAGACGGAGCACUUCAUCAGUCUGUAUUGGGGCGACAGCAGCUCUGCAGCAGCAGCCGAGGCAGCAGCUUGGCGUUACGGAGACUCUGGUCGCUCCUACGUGGAGCGUCAGUAUCGGCUGGACCGACCCCAGUUUAAAAGCCUUUACGGGCUGCUGGUCCCGUGGCCUGGAGGCUCAAACCAGCACACCGAUACUCUGGCCAACCGAACCUUCACCCUGCUGGACCAGGACCGAGACAACCUGGUCACCUUUAGAGAGUUUGCCAGCUGGCUGGACACUUUGUACUGUGAAGAGCUGAAUGAGAAAAUUCGGCUGCUGUAUCGGCUUCAUAUCCCUCCCGCUUUGACUGAAAGUGAGGACGACCCCUCUCUGAUGAAAAGCCCCCUGCUAUCCACAAACAGACCACUUUAUGUUAAUCUGUCCUCUGGUGAUGAAGAUGAAGUUAAAGACUACCAGGAGCAGCUGAAGCAGAUGCUGCAGGAUCUGGUGAAAGAGAAGGAGAAAGACGUGGAGAAGCCUCUGCCACUUAUGAACCAGCGGGAAUUCAUCCAGUUCUGUAAAACGCUCUACAGCAUGUUCCACGGUGACCCUGAGGAGAACGACCUCUUCCAGGCCAUCGCCACGGUAACCAGUCUAGUGCUGCAGAUCGGCGAGGCCGGCCACAGAGGACAAACAUCGGGGUCGGAGGUCAUCGGCCAAGAGAAGGCGAAAGCUGCGGCAUCCGCUCAGGCUGAGGACACCGGCGGUGACGGGAGCUCGGAGAGUGAGUGGACGGUCAGCUACGCUCAGAUCCUGGCCUCACUUCUCACUGAACAGGCACUGGUGAACUUCUUUGAGAAGCCGGUGGAUCUGACGGCGAAAAUCGCAGAAGCCAAGGAGAGUCAGUAUCACCAGCGGGCGGGUUUGCUCACUCUGCAACAAGGGACCAGCUGACUGAAAUGUGAACUCCGAGCCACAACACAAACCAAAUGUCCUGAAGAAAACUAUAGUAUCAUUUGACAGAAGUACGUAGCAGCUUGAGCAGGAACUGAAGAGCCUUAACUUUAAAGAUCUGUGACAGCUAUAAUACAACUGCAGACGUUGCAGCCUCACGAAGACUCUCAGACCUUCUUUGGUAUGUAAUUCACAACACAAACAAGCUUUUUGCAGAACACUUGGAGCCAAAAACAGUUCUGAAACUCCAAACCUCUGCAGCAACCCAUUAAAUGGUUGACUCACUGGUAUCAGACAUUAGUAAUGUCAGAUUCUAUUUUUCAUUUAGAGCUACAAGCCUUGAGAAAUUACAAUUAUCGCCUUCUUAUGUCACCACGAGGAUGCCUGCAGUUAAACCGGGGUUACUGCUUCCUAAUAAGGCACCCUUUAUAAAGUGUUUACAGGCUGUGACUGAUUACAUUAUUAAUUAAUACUUUAUAGAUCAGCUAUUAGCCCUCAUCAAUUUUCUCUCGCUUUUCCCAAAGGCUGCCUUAUUAGAGAGUUUUACCAAUGGACCUUACGCACAACGGUGCAGCAUUAAGGACAAAUCUAGCAUGUAAUGAGUGUUCAUUUUUUAUUAUUUUUGUUAAUUUUAUUACUUCUGUUUCUUUAAUAUUGAAUGUUUUCAAAGCACGCUCUUUGAUUAUUGAUAUUUUUCAGACUUUUUCAAAUUACUGGGAAAUAAUCGACAGUGAUGUUGAACAGUUACAGAAAGCAGGAAAAAAACGAAUACACCGUUGGAUGUGUCCUUUAAAUAAAAUUCACUGCAGAAAUCAA